GUGACACCAGAGCGAGUUGACAUUUUGCGAGAACAAGUCCGGCUGCACGGCCGACUAUCGGAGCAGCUAAAUGUCGAGUAGCGGCGGUCAUGACCCCGCUCCACAGGAGUGCAAGGCUUCGAGCGUGGCCUGCUCACCUCGUGCGGAGGAGAUCGGUGGCAACAUUGAGUUGAUAUGCGCGGCAGGCACAGCUGACCCUGACAGCUUGACAUCACCGGCGACUGAUACUGUGAGAACGGUGGCGUUGGUGUCAACAGGAGAGGAGUCUACGUCACCCACAGCGCCCGUCGCAUCUCCUCUCAGCCCACCGCAGCCGAACGCGGAUGCGGUAAAGCGUGUGAGCAUUCAGAAGAAUGCCGCUAGCGCCGUGCGCAGCAGUGAGGUAGCCUGCGCGAAUACCUACGCUGCAGGAAUGCCUGGCUGUCGCAGGAGUGACACGUCGUUCCUCUGCCGGCGUCGCAAAUCCGGCCAAUCCGACCGCGUAGCCGGCGAGUCGGGCCGCAAGCAGGGCGUGUCGACACCCGACUCCGCAACGGAUGGCGGCGUGUCAUCUGUGUUGGCUCGACGCAGAACGGCGCAGUCCGCCAGCGAUGUCUUGGACCUGGACGAGGGGGCAGCGAAUGUCAACGGUGGCAGUGGUGUGAAUCUCGCUGGCAACUUGCAUGCGAGCACGGUCAGUGAUCCAUACCCAGCCUGGGUGGCCUUCUCGCCGCUAACCAGUCCGAUAAGCAAACAGGAUCAGAACACGUAUCGAAAACGCGCCGGUUCUGCCGGCAGCGGCACGGCCAACGUCUUCUCGCACUCCACCCCAACUAGCUCUCCAUCGAAAGAGAAGCAGCAGCAGCCGGCAUCGGCGUCGGGAUCCAGCGAUGGCAGCAGUAGGACGGCGUCGGCCCUUAAGCAGCUGCUGAGCCGCCCGCUCGCCAGGCUCAAGAAAACGGCGACGGCGGCGGGGUCCGACGUGUCUCGCGCCUCCGCGCACUAUCUCCUAGCGCAGGCGAGCGGCAGCGACACGGAUGACGCCGACGCGAUUGGCAGCACCAGCACGCGCAGGCUGAUCAGAGGCAGCGGUGGUGGCGGCGGUGCUGUGCAGCAACCGUCCUCCCUGUCCCUGUGCUGGAGCAAUGCGGACGAGUUCUGUCCACGGAACAACGACGACAGUGACGGCGACGGCGACUAUGCCAGCAUUUCAACCAAUCGCCUGGGAAAUUUGAAAUCUGGCCGAGCUUCUCUGCCAAUGCUGUACCAGCAGCAGCAGCAGCAGCAGCAGCAGCAGCAGCAGCAGGGUUACGAUAUUCAAGAUUACCGCCACACAAUGCGCUCAAGAGCGUCCACAUUGUCACCGGUUACCGAUCGCGCACACGUUCUUCCGCGGCGUUCCGUUUCGGCGAUCAACCCUUCGGCAGCGGAGCGCGUGUUUGACCUCGAUGGCAGUCUGACCGGUACGCACUUAACCACCGGCCGAGGUGGCAAUAUUACAGGUGAGACGGCAGCAGCAGCAGCAGCGGCGGCACUGACAACGCCAACAACACCCGCCGCAACACCGCCGACGCCAUUGCGACCCGUCAGCACAGACUUGGCGUGGCUGUCCGAGCACUGGAAAGACGACAGCUCGGAAUGGACGUGCGGUACCGUCGGGGGCACCGCGGACGACGUGGCCUCUCCAGGACUGAUGGCUUCUGGCGGCAGUGGUGGUAACAAACAAAGUACUUGGGAGCGGGAUAGUUUCACCGCUGAACCGUUCUCAGUGAUUUGGGAUUCACCCACAUCCUCCGCCAGUCCAACUGGCAAUGCAGCAGAUGUACCGACAAAGCCGCGCGUGCCCCAGUCUGCACCCGGCAGCCUUGUGCACGGUGAUAGACCAGCCCUGCUUAUCAAGCUGCCACUGCCUCUGACCGCGCACGAUGAGAAAGACAGCAAGCCUUCGAAGCCGUCGCUCGGCUCCUUAGAAAUCAGGUCGUCCGUAAUCUCGGGCAAGAGUGGCGGGGACGGAGGGCAGAAGGCCGCAGCGAGAAGUCCGCCCGUGCACAGCGCCGCUGGUGCAAUGAGCAGCCGGAAAAGUGUAACGUCGCUGCCGAGUCAGUGUUCGGAGGCGCUGGAGCGGCAUGACGCCAACGUACCCAAGUCUAAGUCCGACCAUGGCAAUCUUUCCCGCCUGCCCAGCCUGUCCGACAUGGAUUGUAGCAGCAACACACACACUAUGCCCUCUACGCCGCUAAGCCAGCAGCCGUCGUUGGACUCGCUGUUCGCAUUCUCACCACCGCCGCAGCAGCAAGGCAGCAGUGGUGGCACGAAGGGACGCGGCGUGCACAGCUCGAUAUCCGCCAGCGUUGCAUCCGGUGUUAAGCUCUCCCUGCUCAGCAGCUAUCGGCGUAUUGGACACCUGUCCAUGGACAAGAAGCUCUCCUACGUAGCGCUUGAUGCUGGAGACAAGGACGAUGAAAACGAAGAGGAGGAAGUGGGCUGUCCGGGUGCUCUUCGGCUAGGCAGAGGAGACUCGACCUCUGAGUCGACCGACAUGACUCCCAUAGUUGACACGCGCGCAGACAGUGAACAACCGCGUAAUGAGAGCCCGUGUCCACCGCAAGCGACCGAAGAGAUCUCCGACUUACAUCCACUGCCGGCCCAGGACACUGACGAUGCUUCGGCCGGGCAGCUAAGUUCCAGCUUGGUUCGCGCUGACGACGCACUAUCACCUGAAAGCAACUGCGCGCGAGGUGAUGGGUUCCUUUCGUACGCCACCCGUGGCCUCUCGCUGCUACGUCGUCAUCAGACCUCUGGCCUAUCUCUACUUGCUCUGACAAUCUCCCUGGUCAUGGUAUGUCUAUCUAUUGGACUGCACCUACAACAGGUCAACACCGAUCAUCCCCUCGACGACAACUACCCAGCGGUGUCCAACACGGAACGCCUGCACCUUGUGGACUUGCGUACGCUCAGCCACAUGGCUGUAGAAGCAGAGAUCGAUCACGCCCUCAAGCGAGCUAAGUACAUAGAGAACAUUCAAGCUAUCUCACACAGUCUCAGACAG